GGAGGAGGGCGGAGCGCGGGGCGGUCGCCCCUGGAGACGGCAGCGGGCGGAGGACGGCGGCGGGUCAUUGCACAGAUAAAAGCAAAGCAAGGUGGACGAGUUACGGGACUGCCCUAUGUAGACAAAAGAAUUCGCUGAAGGCCACGGAACCUGAGGCCGAGCAGCAUCUUGUGACUCCCAGUCUGGUGCUUUGAUUGCUGACUGCUCCUGCUUUACAUGCUAGCAUCGCCGGCUCACUGAAAAUGUCGGGUAAAACAGCCAGCACCACCAACAGCAUAGCUCAGGCCCGGAGGACUGUCCAGCAGCUGAGAAUAGAAGCCUCAAUAGAAAGAAUAAAGGUGUCAAAGGCAUCAGCAGACCUAAUGCUCUAUUGCGAAGAACACGCCAAGAAAGAUCCAUUGCUGAUGGGCAUCCCUGCUUCUGAAAACCCAUUCAAGGACAAGAAGACGUGCAUUUUGUUAUAGGGGCACAGCAGUGCCUCCGCAGCUCCCUGCAGGCUGAUGUGUAGGCAAACAACCUGUAAGGUACCCGGUAUUCACUGUCCUCUUCUCACAUGUAGAAACGAUCUCUUAGGCUUUCUAAAGCAUCUCUUCUGCUCCCAGUCUCCGGUAGGAAGUGAGAUUUCACACUCAAUCACUUUUCCCUUGGCCAGAGGAGCGGGGUCCCUUUGCAGAGCCGUGGCUCUGAUUGCGCUCCUGCUGUGACCUCACACACACAGACCAAAGCUGCCUGGCUUUGCUGCAGAACACAGCCGGGCUAAGAGUUGGAAUCCCCAUUAUGAAACAUUGGUGGUGUCGCACUUGUUGAAAUCAAGUGUGCACGCAGAGCAGGGCCUCCCUCUACAGUGUGCAGAUGUGCAUUUGUGCACAUGCACACUUAGAAGUGCAUUAUCGAGCAACAGCUACCUUGAGGAAUGAUGGUAGUGACUGCUGGAGAGCUCCAGGCUCGUGCUGACACCCUUGGUGUGCUAGUUGCACUUGGCAGGGUUUUUGGCAUGUAAAACCUAAUGUGUCAAGCCGAGGGUUUACUUCCUAGCCUUCAGGAGGCUAGGAAAAAGCAACUUCAGAUUUAAUUCUGGUUUUCUCAUUUCUCUCAUCAAAAAUCUUUGUUGGCAUGCAAAAAAGAAAAGCUGUCCAAAGAAUCAGAGGCAACAGACUCAUAGUUCGUGUCUUUGUGGCGGAGGUGGAGGUGUGGUUCUGCCACUUGAGGUCUCAUUUAUGAUUUGUACAGGCACCCAGAAUUUGGCUCUUUCCUAAAUCUCCUCUUAAAGGGGAAAAAAUGCCAAACUGCAUCCAGAUUGUGAUUGUGUAGGUGUAACCAGGGGGCCUUUCCAUCAAGGAAGUCAUUUGAUAUAUAUACAUCAUAAAAAAGUCCUUGCGUGCGUGUAUAUAAAUAUAUAUAUAUAUAAACUUUAAUAGGAUAUUUAUACAAACAUUGCAUAUUAACAGCAAACUUCCAGGGGACUUAAAACGAUUCUGCCUUUCUCUGUAGCUGUGGUCCAGGGCUGGAGUUGUGAGCGGCCAUCGCUGCGCGUUCCUGUAAGGAUGCUUACAGGACUUAUUAACCACUUGUAAUUUACUGUCUUAUGUUGCCUAUUUGUCAUUUCUAUAUUAAAUUAUAUACGCACUGUUGAUAAUAUAUUGAGAAAUUAUAUAUUUGUUUAACGAGGCUCUUUAACAAACAGCUCAAAAAUCUGAACGCGAGGCUGGCAAUAAGAAAACUGUACUGCUAACUCUGUGCUUACAUUCAAAUUAUUUUUAUAAUUAGACUAUUUUUCUAGCAAUGAUUUCCAAACAAUAAUGUAGAUCCAUGCUUAUUUUUUCUUUUUUACUAUCUUUGAGUCUCCUUUUAUAACACAUCUAGUUAGACACAGUCGGUAGCUGAGCUGGGGCGGCCAGCAGGGGCACGCAGAGGCGCAGGGGCUCGUGCAAAUAUUGCUCCUUCCAGGAGCCAUCAGUGCUGGUUAGAGCUCCUCACCCCACCAGAGGUAACCUGAGGUUCUGGAUUGGCAGCUGGACAGGUUGAUGGAGGUCUUUUCCAACCGGAAUGGUUCUGUGAUGCGAUGUAUGUGCAGAGCCAGCGUUACGUCCAGCUUUGUCCCUGUGCUGUUUGUGAGCCGGGUACCGACACGAGGUCCUGCGGUGGCUGGAGCUCUGCCACCUCUCAUCCUUCCCACUCGUACUGCCAUACCCACCCAGCACACAGGAUGCUUACCUUUGUACUUUCUAAUAAAGAAGUCCUGGCACGGA